AUGUCACGAAUAUUGAAACAAUCUUCAGCUAUGGUACCAACAACUAAACAUCAUAAUUCAUCUAAACAAGAUGAAUCAAAUCAAAUAGGGCAACGUGUGACAAUUCCAAGUCUUAACAAUAUGACUGGUGUACUUAAAUAUGUAGGUGAAACUGAUUUUAGACCUGGUCUUUGGGCAGGUAUUGAGCUAGAUAAAAAAGGAGAAGGAAAAAAUGACGGAAGUGUUCAGGGUAAACAAUAUUUCACCUGUUCACCUAAUUCAGGGAUUUUUAUCAGUUUUAACAAGAUCAUUAUACAACCUCCUUUGUCUAUUAGUACAGAAAAGCCUUUAUCAUCAACACGCCGUUCAAACUUACCAAUAACAAGACAUAGAACUUCUUAUAGGAACUUAAAUUCGUUAUCAUCGUCAUCAUCAUCAUCUUCUUCUUCUACAACAACAAUACCAAAUACUAGAAAAUCAAAAAUUGUUGCGCCUCGUGCUACUGUUAUUCCUAAAUUACCUUCUACCAUCAAAUUAUCUUCUUCACCUGCGACUCCUACCAAUCUUAGCCAUUCUAUUAUCAAAAAAUCAACCAUUACGCCUAAUUCUAAAAGAUCAACACCUAUCUCACCAUCUUCUACACCACCUCCACAAUCUACACAACGUAUCAUGACUCCUAUACAACGCCGUACCGUAACGCCUAUAACUCAGACUACUAAAACACCUAAAACACCUACAACACCUACAACACCUAUGGCACAGCCUACAAAGACACCUACACCACCACCACCACCGUCACAAUCACCACCACCACCACCUUCAUCAUCAUUAUCAUCACCACCACUACCACUACCACCACCAGUAGUGCCUACCAUCUUUCAUCAAGAGCAUAUAGAAACAACACAUCAGCUUUAUGAUAUGCUAGAAAAGACGCAACAUGAAAGAGACAAACUUCUAAAAGAGAUGGAGAAUAAAGAAACAGCAUGGGAACGACUUGUGUCAUCUAAAGAAAGUCUUACAUUACAAGUUCAGGACAGUGAGCUUCAAAGGCAACGACUUACAAAGGAGGUUGAACGAAUGCAACAAGUGAUACAAAAAUUAGAGCAAAGUAUAGCAGACCGUGAUGCCUCGAUCGCCAAGAAUCAACGUGAUGAGGUGCAACAAAAUCAAGAUCAACGACGCAUUGAACGACUAGAACAAUUAGUCAAGGAUCUUCAAUCACAGAUUCAAAUACAAAAGGAGGAACAGGACGAAUUAAAUCGAGUCCAUGCGGGUACCUUGGAUCAGGUACGUAGAGAAGCUGCAGCAAGUGAAGCAAACACGGCUUCACUUGAAAAGGAAUGUGAGGAAUUAAAACGAGCAGGAUUAGAAGCGAUUCAUGCCUACGAAUUACAAGUAAUAAAGUUGAAGGAAAUGCAUUGUACAGAGCUAGAGCAACGUGAUCAGCUUAUCAAGCAACUGGAAUAUACGAUUGCUGAUCUGAAACAUAAGCAGAGUACACUCUUUGAUGAUGAUGAGCAAGACAUCGAUUGUCAAUUAAGCGAAAUGCACUUCAAUCAGACUACAGAACAACAACAACAACAACAACAAUCUCAGCAUGAAAAUCAGAGGCAUCGAUUAGAAGAGCAGUUGGAAUUAGCUACUACUGAACUCGAACAUGAACGACAGACGAUUCAAAUGAUGGCUCGUGAAAUAGAGCAACUCAAGUUAGAUUUGAGACAAGCUCAACAACAAACAUUAUCAAUGGAACAAAAAUUUGAAGCAAUACAGAAUGAUUUUGACAAAGAGAUGAAUGAUAAGAAGCGAUUAAUUGAAGAGGCCGAUAAUGCAUUUGAAGCUCAAGCUAAAGCUGAAGAUGAACAUUAUCAGAUGAAAUUGUCCAAGAUGGCACUUGAAAAGGAACAUAAUGAACUACUAGAGUCACAUAAACAACUAGAGCGAGACUAUAACAGUUUGUUGGAUGAAAUGUUAAUGCUUGAAAAACAAGAUUUGAAGGAGAUCAAUCCUAAUGAUAAAAGGAGAGACAUAAGUAAUGAUCCAAUCAUGCUACAGCAAAAGAUGAAAGAAUUAGAAGAGGAAAUCAAAUCAUAUCAACAAACUAUAUUUACGGAUAAGAAAGAAAUUAAGCAACUGACGAAAGACCUGAACGAGUUAGAAUCUCUUAUUGAAAGUCGAGUAUUUAGCGAAGCUGAACUUGAGGAGAAAUUAGAAGAUGAAAAAAGAAAAGUAAAAGCACUAGAAAAGGAGUUAAAUAUACUUCAAAAUAGAAUGAGUCAUGGUAGUCAAAAAGGUCUUUUGAUAUCCCCUACAACAACAACUACUACCACAUCGUCAUCACCUAUACCAUCUCCACAAUUUAAUAAUAAAAAAUAUGGAGAAAAAGAAGAAGAAGAAGAAGGAGGAGGAGGAGGAGAAAUGUCGUCUGCUUAUUGUGAAUUAUGUGAAGAAUAUGGACAUGAUAUCUUACAAUGUAAAGUUGAUUUUUCAGUAAUUGCAGGAACAGAAAAAAAGAAAGAGAAAAACUUGUUUUGUGAUAACUGUGAAAGUUAUGGAAAUCAUACAACAGAAAACUGUCCAAAUCAAGAUGAGACAUUUUAA